AUCUAGUAGCCGAAAAACUGCUGGUUCUCAGAGGAUCAAGCUCAACUCCGAAAAUAACAGUCAAUGGCUACUCUUGCUCCUUCCUCCUCCACUCUCCUCUUCUCUAAUCUACCCUCCAACCUUUCUCCGCCCUCUCUUUUAUCCUCUCCGCGCAUCUCUCUUUCUUCUUCUUCCUCUCAAUCCUCCCCUCUCUCUUCCUUUCUCUCCAUUUCUCCAACUUCCUUUACGUAUCCCACAUUUUCAAGGCGAAUCUCUUCCUCAACCUUCACUGUCAAGGCUAGUGCCGCAAAGAAGAAAGCCCUUAUAGUUAACACAAACAGCGGUGGUCAUGCAGUUAUUGGGUUCUAUUUUGCGAAAGAGCUUCUGGGUUCUGGCCAUGAGGUUACUAUCAUGACUGUAGGUGAUCAGAAUUCUGACAAAAUGAAGAAGCCCCCAUUCAGCAGAUUCUCAGAAAUUGUGAGUGCGGGAGGGCGGACGGUGUGGGGAGACCCAGCAGAAAUUGGAAAAGCUGUGGAAGGAGCAACCUUUGAUGUGGUGUUAGAUAACAAUGGCAAGGACCUUGAUGCUGUGAGGCCUGUAGCGGACUGGUCCAAGAGCGCUGGGGUGGAGCAAUUUCUGUUCAUCAGCAGUGCUGGAAUCUAUGUACCGACUGAUGAACCUCCUCACGUUGAAGGGGACGCUGUUAAAGAAAGUGCUGGUCAUGUUGGAGUGGAAAAAUACAUUGCAGAGAUUUUCAGUAGUUGGGCCGUGUUCCGCCCACAAUACAUGAUUGGUUCGGGAAACAAUAAAGAUUGUGAGGAGUGGUUUUUCGAUCGAAUUGUCCGGAAAAGGCCUGUGCCUAUCCCUGGAUCCGGGAUGCAACUAACUAAUAUUGCUCAUGUUAGAGACUUAUCCUCUAUGCUUACAGCAGCUGUUGAGAAUCCAGAAACAGCAAGUAAUAAAAUAUUCAAUUGCGUAAGCGACCGUGCUGUGACUCUGGAUGGAAUGGCCAAACUUUGUGCACAAGCUGCAGGACUAUCAGUUGAAAUCGUGCAUUAUGAUCCAAAAGCUGUUGGAGUUGAUGCAAAGAAAGCUUUUCCUUUCCGAAACAUGCAUUUCUAUGCAGAACCAAGAGCUGCCAAGGACAUACUGGGAUGGCGUGCUACUACAAAUCUUCCUGAGGACUUGAAAGAACGAUUUGAUGAGUAUGUAAAGAUUGGGAGAGACAAGAAGCAAAUGAAGUUCGAGAUAGAUGAUAAAAUACUUGAAUCCCUCAAAGUUCCAGUAGCAGCGUGAUAAAUUCUAUCAGAAUACAACAUGCCAAUCAAGAUCAACCCAUUGUAGAAGAUUCUAGUCUGUGGGUGCCAUGAUUUUUGUGAUCCUCUCUUAUCUGUUAUAGUUUUGAAAUCAUUGUGUUAUUUUGAAAAGCUCUAUUGCAGAAAAUUUAAUAAAUAAAUGAAGUUAUUGUUUGUA